ACAGGCAGCAGCAGAGAUAGCAUAAACUCUGAACCCUCAAGUGAGGUUUCGAUUGAUCGUCGAUCGUACGUUGUUGGCACAUCAAGCUUAAGGGCAUCAAAUAAAAGGAGAAGCAGCAAUUAAGCAGGAGGAGGAGGACGACGACGACAAUGGCGGCGGCGGACGGCGGUGUGUCGAGGCUGGCGUCGCAGCGGGCGGUGGUGAUCUUCGGGACGAGCAACUGCUGCAUGUGCCACGCGGUGAAGACGCUCUUCUCGGAGCUUGGCGUCGGGUGGGCGGUGCACGAGCUGGACAAGGACCCGGGGGGCAAGGACAUGGAGAAGGCGCUGGCGCGCAUGGUGGGCCGCUCCCCGCCCGUGCCGGCGGUCUUCAUCGGCGGCAAGCUCGUCGGCCCCACCGACCAGGUCAUGGCGCUGCACCUCCGCGGCAAGCUCGUGCCGCUCCUGCGCGAGGCCGGAGCCCUCUGGCUCUGAUGUGAUUGAUCAUGCAUGAUCCGAUCCAUCACCAAGUUAUAUAUAUACUGCUUGGUAGUGCUUCUAAGUUCUAACCUGAUCCAACAAGAAGUACAUGCAACAUGCAUGAUCCAUGAAAGGUCAUCGAACUAUUAAGAGCUAUGAUCUUUCAGUUCAGUAGAGGAUAUAUAGAUAACCGUCGUCACUGCUAUGUUGAGGGAGGAAAGAAUGCUCUCUGUAACCGAUGGGCUAGUAUAUAUAUAUGUUUGUAUGUACA